GUUUAAGCUGCUGAGCCAGGAGGAGGGGGAGUAUUUCAACGUCCCGGUGCCUCCUGAAGGAGAGGAAGGAAACGAGGAGCUGAGGCAGAAAUUUGAGAGAGCCAAGAUUGGAACCGGGUCCAAGGCUGCGGAUGAGAAGACAACAAAUGCCAUUUCUAAAUUCGACAACAAUGGCAGCAGAGAUCGGAUGAAACUUUCGGAUUUCAAUUUCCUGAUGGUGCUGGGCAAAGGAAGCUUUGGGAAGGUGAUGCUGGCAGAGAGGAAGGGCACAGAUGAGCUCUAUGCCGUCAAAAUCUUGAAGAAGGACGUUGUUAUCCAGGACGACGACGUAGAGUGCACGAUGGUUGAAAAACGGGUCCUGGCUCUCUCUGGGAAGCCUCCGUUCCUGACCCAGCUCCACUCCUGCUUUCAGACGAUGGACCGCUUGUAUUUUGUGAUGGAGUACGUGAAUGGUGGGGACUUAAUGUACCAGAUCCAGCAGGUUGGGAGGUUUAAAGAGCCACAUGCUGUAUUCUACGCGGCAGAAAUAGCCAUUGGCCUCUUCUUCCUGCAGAGCAAAGGCAUCAUUUAUCGAGACCUGAAGCUGGACAACGUGAUGCUGGACAGCGAGGGGCACAUAAAGAUCGCGGACUUUGGCAUGUGCAAGGAGAACAUCUGGGACGGGGUGACCACCAAGACCUUCUGCGGCACUCCGGACUACAUCGCGCCCGAGAUAAUUGCUUAUCAGCCCUACGGGAAGUCUGUGGAUUGGUGGGCGUUUGGAGUCCUGCUCUACGAAAUGCUAGCUGGCCAGGCCCCCUUUGAGGGAGAAGAUGAAGACGAGCUCUUCCAGUCCAUCAUGGAGCACAACGUAGCCUACCCCAAGUCCAUGUCCAAGGAGGCAGUGGCGAUCUGCAAGGGGCUGAUGACCAAGCACCCCGCCAAGCGCCUGGGAUGCGGCCCGGAGGGGGAGCGGGACAUCAAGGAGCACGCCUUCUUCCGCUACAUCGACUGGGACAAGCUGGAGCGCAAGGAGAUCCAGCCUCCCUUCAAGCCAAAGGCUAAGGACAAACGCGACACGUCCAACUUCGACAAAGAGUUCACCCGGCAGCCGGUGGAGCUCACGCCCACGGACAAACUCUUCAUCAUGAACUUGGACCAGAACGAGUUUGCUGGAUUCUCCUACACUAACCCCGAGUUUGUCAUUAACGUGUAG